CCAUCUAAUCCCGUAUCUGUUUUUAUUGUUUCGCCAUUCCAUUCUCUCUUCUCUCUGUCUCUGACCAUUUCGAAAAGAAAUUUGACGGAACACGCCUAUUUCCGACAAACGAGCCUUGUUCCGACGACGGAGCUUUGACGUUGUUUUUUAAACGGCGAGGUCUCUGAUGCUUUUCUACUAGAAAGUGCUUGGAAGCAUUCUGUUUGCAUGACUCCUUAGAGAUAACACUUGCUAUUAGUCAUGGUAUCAAGAAAUUUUUUGCACUUGGCUUCUGGGGACCUAUUGGAUAUUCCCCAAACUCCUAGAGCUCUUCCUCGGGUGAUAACUGUGCCUGGAAUCAUUUCCGAUUUGGAUGGUUAUAGCAGUAAUGAAAGGGAUUCAGAUAUUAUGCCAUCUGUUCGAUGCGAAAGAAAAAUUAUAGUAGCAAACAUGUUACCUUUGCAUGCCAAACGAGAUACAGAAACUGGAAAAUGGUGCUUCAGCUUGGAUGAAGAUUCACUGUUACUCCAACUAAAAGAUGGUUUCUCAUCUGAAACAGUAAUAUAUGUAGGGUCCCUCAAGGCAGAUGUAGAUGCUGGCGACAGAGAUGUUGCCCAAAGACUUCUGGAGGAUUUUAACUGUGUUCCAACUUUUCUACCCCUUGAAACGUUUCAACCGAGUCAAGCUAGGGUUCUUCCUCACAGCCCAUUUCCGUCAUCAGAAAUUUAUCGAACCUUGCCUGUCCGGGAUGAGAUUCUGAAGGGAUUACUGAACUGUGAUCUGGUUGGUUUUCAGACAUUUGAUUAUGCACGGCACUUCUUGUCGUGCUGCAGUCGGAUGCUGGGCCUGGACUACGAAUCUAAGAGGGGACAUAUUGGACUUGAUUACUUUGGCCGCACUGUGUAUGUUAAGAUUCUACCAGUAGGUGUUCAUAUGGGUCGACUUGAAUCAGUAUUGAAUCUUCCCACUACUUCAGCCAAAGUGAAAGAGAUUAAACAGCAGUUUGAAGGGAAAAACUUGAUUCUUGGUGUUGACGACAUGGACAUAUUUAAAGGCAUUAGCUUAAAACUGUUGGCUUUAGAGCAACUCCUGCAGCAACAUCCCGAGUUGCAGGGCAAAGUAGUCCUGGUUCAAAUUGUAAAUCCUGCAAGGGGCUCAGGGAAGGAUGUCCAAGAAGCAAAGAGAGAGACCUAUUUAACUGCCAAAAGGAUUAAUGAGGUUUAUGGUUCAUCAAAUUAUGCACCGGUGAUUCUAAUUGAUCGCCAUGUUCCUCGCCAUGAGAAGUCAGCCUAUUAUGCUGUAGCAGAAUGCUGCAUAGUAAAUGCUGUGAGAGAUGGGAUGAACUUGGUUCCUUACAAGUAUAUUGUUUGCAGGCAAGGAACUCCCUACAUGGAUGAAGCUCUAGGUAUGAAUACAGACACUCCUCGCACAAGCAUGCUUGUUGUGUCUGAGUUUAUUGGUUGCUCACCAUCUUUAAGUGGUGCAAUUAGAGUGAACCCAUGGGAUAUUGAUGCUGUUGCUGAUGCAUUAUAUUUGGCCCUCACUGUGCCUGAUUCUGAGAAGCAAUUGCGGCAUGAGAAACACUAUCGCUAUGUUAGUACUCAUGAUGUGGCUUAUUGGUCACAGAGCUUUGCGCAGGAUUUAAAGAGAGCAAGCCAAGACCAUUAUAACAAACGGUGCUGGGGGAUUGGGUUGGGCCUGGGGUUCAGAGUGGUGUCUCUUUCUCCUAGUUUCAGGAGGUUGGCUAUUGAUCACAUUGUUUCAGCAUAUAGGAGGGCAAAUAGAAGGGCAAUAUUCCUUGAUUAUGAUGGUACUGUUGUCCCUGAAACCUCAAUUGUUAAAACCCCCAGCACUGAGGUAAUUUCCGUUUUAAAAACUUUGUGCAAUGAUUCCAAGAACACAGUGUUCAUUGUUAGCGGGAGGGGAAGAUCUUCAUUGAGUGAAUGGCUUGCGCCCUGUGAGAAUCUGGGAAUAGCAGCUGAACAUGGCUACUUCAUAAGGUCAAGUCAAGCCUCUGAAUGGGAAAUCAGUCCCCUGACUGCUGAUCUUGAAUGGAAAAAGAUUGUGGAACCUGUGAUGAGACUGUACACAGAGGCAACAGAUGGGUCCAGUAUAGAAACUAAGGAGAGUGCCAUAGUGUGGCACCAUCAAGAUGCAGACCCAGACUUUGGAUCCUGUCAAGCAAAAGAACUGUUGGAUCAUUUGGAGAGUGUUCUUGCAAAUGAACCAGCUGUUGUUAAAAGGGGUCAGCACAUCGUUGAAGUUAAGCCACAGGGAGUUAGUAAAGGUUUGGUUGCUGAAAAGGUUCUCUCGAGAAUGGCUGAUAGUGGGAAGCCACCAGAUUUUGUAAUGUGCAUUGGCGAUGAUAGAUCUGAUGAAGACAUGUUUGAGAGCAUUCUAAGCAUACUCUCCUCUAAAUCGAUGCCUGUAGCUCCGGACAUCUUUGCAUGCACAGUUGGGCGAAAGCCAAGCAAGGCUAAGUAUUAUCUUGAUGAUGUUGCAGAUGUUGUGAAAAUGCUUCAGGGCCUUGCAACUGCUUCGUGUUCAAAACCUAAAUAUCUUGCUCAAACUCAAAUCCCGGUGGCCUUUGAGAGUGCUAUUUGAGUUGAAACUAAGUGAAUGGCAGGCACAGAUUUAAGCAACUGGAUAUGCUUGCAUCGAUGAUCUGACUUGUCUUGGUAAUUCCAAUCUGGGAACAAAAUAUACUUUGAUCUCAGUUGUGACUCCGCCCCGCCCAGUUCCCAAUUCUCAGUAACUCCAGGGUCCACCUGGUCAGAAGGCUGGAUCUGACGUAUUUGCAAAGAUGGUGGAAAAUUUGACAAUUUUUAUCACGAUACAUGGUAACAUCACAUUGUAUACUUGCAACCAAUCGGUAAGCACACAAACAUCUGCGGUGGCAUUUUUACCAAAUAGGAUGGCAGCCUUUACUUGUAUAGAUACACUUGCUUUUGUCUCAAUACGAAUUUGCCUGUUUGAUACAAAAAAUGUUAUGCAGUCCUCGCUGCUAACACCAUUAGUUAGAGAUCAUGUUGAGUGUUGCCUGCCAUACAGCGGACUGAAACCGGAAGGUGUUGUAAAUAGUCACCACAUUUAGCGGCUUUAUACUUGGUUCACACA